AAACCUGUGGCCUGGCUCAGACAUGGCGCUGGCAGGGCGCAGCAUCUGCCGGCAGUGCUGUGUGUCACUGCUGCCCUUCGCUCUGCCUUACCUUGGGGCGAUGGCAAACAAAUCGGGAGAGGCUGGGCAGAGUGCUGACUACCAGAUACCCAAGCAAUGAUUAAGCUGGAGGCAGCAGGAAAGCUGGAGGUGCUUGUAACUCAAUCUCCAAGGCUUGGCUUCCCGGCAGCAGAUCUGAUAGCACGCCUGUCCCUGAAAGCAUGUCCCAGGCCAGCAGCAGCCCCCGGGCAGAAGACGCAGGGACAUGUGUUGGCGUGCACUCGCGCACCCCAAGCCGGGGCAGCCAGCGGGUUGAGUGCAUCAUCUGCUACUCUUCCUAUGACCUGUGCAGCCGGCUGCCGCGUCGGCUCUACUGCGGCCAUACUUUCUGCCAAGCCUGUCUGAAACGCCUCGACGCUGUCGCCAAUGAGCAGCACUGGAUCCCCUGCCCACAGUGUCGCCAAAAUACACCCACGCCACGUGGCGGCGUCGCCAUGCUCGACCUUGACCUGGCCACCUUUCUUGCCGUCAGGGCUGACAAGGAGCAUCCCCGGGUGGCUGGCAGGUGCCAGCCUGACUCGGCCACCAAGGGCUUGUGCAAAGAGAAAGCGGUCACCCAGCAGCCAGCCGGGCUGUGCCAAGAUGUGGUGCCCCCUGUGCCGUUUCCCCGAUGCAGCUGCUGCCAGCCAUGCCUGUGCUGUGGGGUGAUGGCGGCCUUCGAGAGCUGAGCAGGACAAGGGGGCUGCUGGCAGUGCAUCGGCAUCUGAGCUCCAGGGGUGCAGUCUGGGACCAUUUUUGGGGACCCCACGCCAUGCCCCAGACCCACGUAUGGACAGCAGCUUCACUGGCAGCCUGGGAAGGGCUUCAGGUUGCCCAGGGCUUGCUAUCCAUCCUGCCGGGAUUUGGAGCGCAAUGGGGAGGAUGAGGAUGCCCCCACCCCUUCAUCCUGCCCACCCGCCCCUCUGACAACUCAGUAACCUGGUCCAGCCAUCACAGAUGUCCCCUGGUCCCUGGCCCAGGGCUUGCCCACACCCGGCUUCUCCGUGCAUAUGGCUUUACAGCAGGGACACGUCCACUGAGCAUCUCCCAGACAGCAGACACAGGAACCUGGCACAGUGCAGUGACGCCAUGAUGCUCUGGGGAGUGUGUCCAGCACCCUGAAAGCUUCAUGCCUAGUAAACAU